AAAAGGCUUGAGGAUUCAUGUUUCCGGGAAAAUAUAAUUUUUCCCGGUCUACUAGACAUAGUGUUUUCAUUUAGAAGAUCAUGUGGAAUCUUUAAAUGUGAUGGAUCACUCGGACCAAGCAUACUAAAGCCCGACCCUACCCAACCGUGGAGAAAAGGUUGA